UGCCGUCUCCCGAGCUCCCAUGUGCAACCUUGUUGAUGGACCGAGGCAUCCGGAAUGCGAAGACCAUGAACCACGCAGGGGGAAAUGUCCAACCACGCACAGUACCAGGCCAGGCACCUUACUGAGGGCAGCCCGAGGCGACUUUGCCGUUUCCCGUCCCAGCUGCAUGCGCGGCAUCGAACCGUGAACGACGGGGGCCAUUCGAUAUUGCAGGAUAUGCUGGCUGCCAUUAUUGUGUUGCGACCGCUGUCUGCUGGUGCUCCGACGCUUCGGAACUUUGAGAGAAGAGCAGGCGCAAAAAAAAAGAAGUUCAGAUUGCCCGUUGCACGGCCGCCACUCAUCGUGCUCGCGGAAGUCGGAAACUUGCCGUGUGCUCAGCCCCCCUCUGUCUCUGCCACUCGUGUGCGCGGCAAUUCACCCAAACACGGAUCCGGUCCGCCCACCCCCAGCACAGACUCCUCUCCAUCCCCUCCCUCCUGGUCUCCAGCACCGCCGUCCAGCUCAACAAUCCUGCCCACACCCUGAUCCCAUGAAGCGGCACGGAAUCUGCGCGGCCCGAGUCGCCCCCAAUCCGUCAGCAGUCGGGGCCGUUGCUGGGUCUCUGCCCAUCAGCCCCCCCAUCGUCGCGCAUCCCUCUCCGCGGUUUGCUGGCCGCCUCCCCGCGAUGCUUUGCAUACUCCGUACAUAGUCGCACUUCCCCCGCCGAAUCACAACGCCUCCCGCUGGCCCUGCACCCUCUGCACCAGUUGACCGCACUGCGCU